UGUUUUGCCAACACCUAGGACCAAAUGUCUUGUGGCUGAGUCCUCUUCCCACAGCUCUCUUCUGGGCUGCAAACUGUGUAAGAAAAGGCUGUGCCAUUCUCAUGGUGGCACAGGUUGACUGGAACUGCUUCUCAUAGACAAUGCUGUUCAUUUUGCUGGACUGGCUGUUUGGACUGAUUGAAGUAGCCUGGAAGGGACUAGAUGUUGGCAUGGUGCUUCUCCUGCUGAUUGGAGGGUAUGAACGUGAUUUCUGAUGAAGGUGGAUUGGGAUAAUUUUCAUGAUCUUUGUAUAUUUAUAUAUAUAUAUUUUAAAAUUUUGCAUUUGACUUAAAGUGCCAUGAGAAAAUUUGCAUAUUGCAAGGUGGUCCUAGCCACCUCCUUGAUUUGGGUACUUUUGGAUAUGUUCCUGCUGCUUUACUUCAGUGAAUGCAACAAAUGUGAUGAGAAAAAGGAGAGAGGACUUCCUGCUGGGGAUGUUCUAGAGCCAGUACAAAAGCCUCAUGAAGGUCCUGGAGAAAUGGGGAAACCAGUCGUCAUUCCUAAGGAGGAUCAAGAGAAAAUGAAAGAAAUGUUUAAAAUCAAUCAGUUCAAUUUAAUGGCAAGUGAAAUGAUCGCACUCAACAGAAGUUUACCAGAUGUUAGGUUAGAAGGGUGUAAAACAAAGGUGUAUCCAGAUAAUCUUCCAACAACAAGUGUGGUGAUUGUUUUCCACAAUGAGGCCUGGAGCACACUUCUUCGAACUGUUCAUAGUGUCAUUAAUCGCUCACCAAGACACAUGGUAGAAGAAAUUGUCCUAGUAGAUGAUGCCAGUGAAAGAGAUUUUUUGAAAAGACCUCUAGAGAGUUAUGUAAAAAAACUAAAAGUGCCAGUUCAUGUAAUUCGAAUGGAACAGCGUUCUGGACUGAUCCGAGCGAGAUUGAAAGGAGCUGCUGUCUCCAGAGGCCAAGUGAUCACUUUCUUAGAUGCCCAUUGCGAGUGCACGGUGGGAUGGCUGGAGCCUCUCUUAGCCAGGAUCAAACAUGACAGAAGAACAGUGGUGUGUCCUAUCAUUGAUGUGAUCAGUGAUGAUACAUUUGAGUAUAUGGCAGGCUCUGAUAUGACAUAUGGUGGAUUCAAUUGGAAACUCAAUUUUCGGUGGUAUCCUGUUCCUCAAAGAGAAAUGGACAGAAGGAAAGGUGACCGAACUCUUCCUGUCAGAACACCUACAAUGGCAGGAGGCCUUUUUUCAAUAGACAGAGAUUACUUUCAGGAAAUUGGAACCUAUGAUGCUGGAAUGGAUAUUUGGGGAGGAGAAAAUCUAGAAAUUUCCUUUAGGAUCUGGCAGUGUGGAGGGACUUUGGAAAUCGUCACAUGCUCGCAUGUCGGACAUGUGUUUCGGAAAGCCACACCUUACACCUUUCCAGGAGGCACAGGGCAGAUCAUCAAUAAAAAUAACAGGCGACUUGCAGAAGUAUGGAUGGAUGAAUUCAAGAAUUUCUUCUAUAUAAUUUCGCCAGGUGUUACAAAGGUAGAUUAUGGAGAUAUAUCAUCAAGACUUGGUCUGAGACACAAACUACAAUGCAAACCUUUCUCUUGGUACCUAGAGAAUAUAUACCCUGAUUCUCAAAUUCCACGUCAUUAUUUCUCACUCGGAGAGAUACGAAAUGUGGAAACAAAUCAAUGUCUAGAUAACAUGGCUAGAAAAGAGAAUGAAAAAGUUGGGAUUUUUAAUUGUCAUGGUAUGGGAGGUAAUCAGGUUUUCUCUUAUACUGCCAACAAAGAAAUUAGAACAGAUGACCUUUGCUUGGAUGUUUCCAAACUUAAUGGCCCAGUCACCAUGCUCAAGUGCCACCACCUAAAAGGCAACCAACUCUGGGAGUACGACCCAGUGAAACUAACCCUGCAGCAUGUGAACAGUAAUCAGUGCCUGGAUAAAGCCACAGAAGAGGACAGCCAGGUGCCCAGCAUUAGAGACUGCAAUGGAAGCCGGUCCCAGCAGUGGCUUCUCCGAAACAUCACCCUUCCAGAAAUAUUCUGAGACCAAAUUUACAAAAAAAAAAAAAAAAAAACAAUUGACUGGGCUACCUCAGCAUACAUUUCUGCCACAUUCUUAAGUAGCAAGAAAGGAAAAGUGCUUUCCUCCUCUGCAGGAUGUAGGUUAUCAGCCAUUAGAACGUGGGCUCCUCUAGCUUUUCAUUAGCUGUGAACCAGCCUUCCUGUCCAGGGACGCGAAAUUGCAUAGUAGUGAGACUGCGCACACUGAUGUUUACAAGGCUGAAAGAGUCUUUCAUCCAGAGUUAUGGGAAAGAAUAUCCAGACAACGGAACAGCAUGCUUUCUGGAGAGCUGCACCUCAGAAGAUUCGCUUGCAUGUCAGCCACUUCUGCUGACUGUGCUGUCAUAGUGAAGAUGUUUCCAAGAUUAUUUUCCUGAUUAGAGCUGGUAGCCAGUAUAUUAACUAUUGAUAUACAAAUAGAUGAAAAGAACUGGAACCAGAUUCACAAUCAUGAAAACAUUUUUACAACAAUUUUAAAAAAACUAUAUUAAACAGGGUUUAAAG